AUGUCAAUGACACAGAUCAUUUGGUUCAAUCUUCUGCUUUGCGUCACUUUGGCUUAUAAUGAAACUUCCUCUCUACUUAACCCCGACAAAGAUGUUAUUACCACAUACGUUCAUUACCCUCGCCAUGAACAAAAUGUCGCCCCGAAAAAUUAUAAUAUUAAUAGAGAAAUACCAGGAGUAAUUCAAGUGAAUUGCGAUGUUAUACGCCUAUUUUAUGGGAUUGAUAUCUUUAUGAGGAGUUUCCCAAAAAAGCAAAGUCGUAAGCGUCCUCAUGCCGCAUGUGAUGCGACCAUUGAGAAUCGUGGUGAAUAUAGAAAACGCAAGCAAACGCUCGAUGACGACGAUCGCACCACCCAAUAUAGUCAUCAUACAUCUGACAUUGUUUUGUGCCAGAAAACAUACAACGAUUUGGAGACAUUGUUUGGCCAUAAUGGCGACGUCACAUAUAACAGUGAAAGCGAAAAAAUAACGGAGAAUGACUGGGAACAAGUGACGAUAACGACAAGUGAUGACCAAUCCCAGGAAGUCACCGAAUGCUUCGCUUAUAAUAUCAAGUGGGAAAAUACUGAUCGAGAACUGCUGGGAAUAACCGUUGACAAAGAUCUCUUCCCAGGACUCAUCUGCAAUUUAUCACCAUUUAAUUCAGAUACCAGUACACACAAUAGUGUGUACUGGUAUCUGUUGGAUAUACUGUUGGAGAAUUACCGGGAAUAA